UGGCCCGUUAACAAGUUCGGGAAGCUGAUUAACUUUUUCGGGCCAGAAGUGGCCCAUUUAGCCUGCUAUUGGAGUUCCAUGUUCAUCGUCACCAAACAAACCCCAAUUAAACUCUUUCAUUUGGGGAAAUUUCAAUCACAGUCACAGAGGGAUUUUCAAUCUGAAAAGUUUCUGUAUUCUUGAAUUCCUGAUUCUUUGCGAAGCAGCGUUUUUUCUUGGAAGCAGGAGAGAAUCCCUGAUUUCUCCCUAAUUGCUGGGAAUUAUCUUGUGAUAUGGAAAGCUCGAUUGCAUUGAGGGCUUCUUCAGAUAAUCCCCCGUGCUUUGAUGUCAGAGAUGCAAGUCCCGUUGAUAGGAUAAGCAAUCUGCCGGAGCCGAUCAUUUGCCACAUUCUAUCAUUAAUGCCCACAUAUUCUGCUGUUGCAACUAGCACUUUAUCGAAGAGUUGGCGCUACCUCUGGACUAAAGCCAACGCCGUUCAGUUCGAUGCUUGGUCUUGUAGCUUCGAUGAUGAUAUUUAUUUUGAGGACGUUGUCAACAAGGUUUUGACCCAACUGAAAUCUAAACAACUGGACCUUUUUCAUCUCUUUUGGUACAAUGACGACAUUGAUCCAGCUACUACUAGUAAAUGGAUAAGCGAAGCAAUUGCUCGGAAUGUUAAGGUUCUGUAUAUCAAUGAUGAAUUUCCCACUGAUGAGCCUAUUCAACUACCGCGUUCCCUUUUCACGUGUAAGACAUUAGAAUCUCUCAGCUUAGGAGGAGAUUUCCUGUUUGAGGUCCCUGGUACUGUUCAUCUUCCCAAACUAGGAGUCUUGGAACUUAAUUACGUUUUCUAUGAAUCUGACAAGGCCUUUCACGAGUUUAUAUCUAGUUGUCCUAUGCUCUAUUCGCUUAGCAUUUGUCGGAGGAAGAUCAACGAUGGCUUGAUCGUUUGUGCCAUAUCUUCCUGCUCGCUUAGAGUUCUUGAAUUGGACUUCCAUGAUGAUGAUGACCCCUUGUGCCAGCAGCAUCUGAAAAUUGAGGCCCCUGCUCUUGAACGCCUCAUUAUGAGAGAUGAAUUUUCGGUAAUGUUCUCAUUGGAAGGGCUAUCCUCUUUGAGAGAAGCAAAGCUUGAUCUGUAUGAUUGGGACUGUGAUAGUGAUGCAUGCAAUUUGGUUGUUAAGCAAGUUCAAGCAAUGAAUUGCGCGAAGUUGCUGACGUUAACCGGACGGACUUUAUUUGCUCUUACCCAUGCCACCACUAGACUGUCAGCAAAGUUUGAGAGAUUAACCAGAUUGUACUUGGAUUGCGAGGGGUACAACGGCUGCAAGUGGAGCUUCCCCAAUGACUUGUUGGAUUGUUCAAUGAAACUAGAAUUUCUACACAUCACAAAAUGGUGUUACAGAAUAAAUGGUGCGCAGGAUGAAAUUUGUUGGAGGAAACCUUCCAAGGUCCCGGAAUGCCUUUCAAACAGUCUGGCACAAGUUUCAUUCAGUGGAUUUGAAGGCCUUAGCGAUGAGUUAAAACUGAUAAAGUAUAUACUAAAGCAUGGUGUUGUGUUGAAAUGUGUGAAUUUGGACUCCAGGGAUGCCCCAGAUGAUUUCAAGAAGAAGAUAUCGGUGUUCCCCAGAACCUCUCAAUCCUGUCAAGUCAAAUUUUCUUGAAAUGGCUGCAAUGGUAUGUUUCAUGUAAUCAUAUUCUUUUUUGGAGUGUUAAGUUUUUGUUUCCUGGAUGUUGCUUCAAUGCAGCUUUGAUAAAGUGGUUGCAGGACAGUGUAAACCUUGAGGGAUAUUAAUCUUAGCCAUUUCACAUUUCCUAUCAUAAAUUAUCUGUUAGUACAAAGAACGAAGGCUAUUUUUAAUUGUUUAUUUCGCUUAAGAAAUUUAGCUUCAUUUGGUUGUGAUUAUGUUUUGUUAGUUGCUUUGAAAAUUUCAUGUUUAUUCAUCAAAAUUCAAUGGGGAUUUACAUUGCAGUGUUUUUAACUGUUUGUAUAAUUAUAUCUGAUCCUGCAAAUUUGGCCAUGAAUUUUAACCUCAUAACAUGUCCCGUGGGUACAUAAUCUUUGGGUUGGAUUUGAAGGAUGAAAUGUUUCAUUGGAUGGUUUUACCAGAAUAUCUAGCUCGCUCACAUGUAGGAGUUUUGGAUUACCUUUUUUGUGUUUUUGAUGUGGCUGUAACAGGGGAUUGUCUAGCUUUGGUGGAUUUUAUUGAUGGCAUGUUUUGGGUGAUGAAAGAAUACGAAAAUGUGAAUUCGUGGGAAAUUUUGUAUAAAUUUCAGUUGUGUCAAUGGAGUUCGGAUCAAACGUGACUGGGUUUAGAAAGAAUCUCUUUAAUGACAAGCUUGUUUCUUUUGAUCCACAGGAGUGGAAGGUUUAAGGAUCUUGAGAUUUAUGGCGAAACUAGUUCUAUCGGUGCUGCAGAUAAUCUGGAAAGCCUAGUCCUGCUUGAAGGCCAUAGAUUUUAGAGGAAAUGUUGCAGAUUAUCUGGAAAGCUUAAUCCUGCAUGAAGACAAGGCCAAUUUAGUGUAGGUUUUAGAGGAAAUGUUGUCAAGUGUGGGGCUGGUCUUUGUUGUCAAGUGUGGGACUGGUUUUUCUUAUCAGAGUCCACAUUGAUUUGUUCCAGUUGAUAUAUGCUCUUUUACUCCUUGAUUUUGUUAGCGAAAUACAUAUUGAUAUUAUCCUAUUUACUAGCAAAUGCUGCUGGUGACAAAAAACGAAUCAUUUUGAUCCCAUUAUACAAAAGCUACAUUCAUUUUCC